AACGUUUGACCUGUACACAAAGACAACUUACACUUUCGUUUGCCAUUCAACAUAAUUAAUCUCACUCAAGCUUUGCUUUUAGUCAUCAAGUAAACACGCAAUUGAUGCAUAGCCAGCUGUGUAUAACAUUUACAUAAACACGCGCGGUAUCACAUGUCACAACAUAUAAAUACAUUGUGAAUUUAGUUCUGUAAUAGUGAUAUUUUCAGAUACAGUCGUAGCUUUAAGGAUUGAUUAUUUAUUAGUAUUGAAAUUUCGUUUAUGCUAACAGACAAAUAUGUCUGACGUGGAAAAAUUACGAAAAUUACAUCGAAAUCUUAAUAAGUUUAGAAAAGAGACAAUGGAAGUUGCUGGCUGUUUGCAAGAUGUCGCAAGGGAGUUUCACAAAUCCUUUCAAGAUGCAAAGAAAGCGACCAUAGCAGGCUCGACGGCCGGCAUCGUCGGGGGAACACUGGGUGCUGUAGGAUUCGGACUUUCCUUUUUCACAUUUGGGGCGUCGCUAAUAUUAACAGCGGUUGGUACUGGGAUUGCUGCUGCCGGUGGAAUAACAGCUGGUGGCGCUGCUAUAGGCGAAGGAGUCCGGAGAAAGAGAACUGUAGAAAAGGCACAGGCGCUGAUUGAAAGAUACGAAAAGACGCGAAAUGAUGUCCUACAAGAAUUACUUGAACUUGCAGAACAUCUUGGGCAAAAGGACUUAAAUCAUCGAUUUCCACUUUGCUGUCGAUUUAUUGCUCAGAUCGUCGGAGGGUCAGCCAAAAUAGCUUGGUCUGUUGCCUGGAAAUUAAUCUCCAACAUUGUCACGGGUGUACGACUUGGUCAAGCCGCAGCUGAGCUAGCGCUAGAAGGCACUGCUACUGUGGGAAGACUGACCGUAGUUUCUGUGAAGGCAGCAACUUCAACUGCUGCCAGGGGUCUACAUAUAGCAGGCGGGGUCGUGGGAAUCGCUCUAAUUCCUCUUGACAUUGGCUUCCUUGUGCACUCCGCGCAUGCCGUGGCAACGGAUAAAAUGCCGGACACUUCGAAGGAAAUUUCUGCUAAAGCUGACAAACUGCUUGAAAUGUGUCCCAGUAAAAGCAGUAUUGACGAAAUGAUUGAAGACACCAUUCGACGAAUGGAAAUGUCUCUGAAAUAUGACUGAGUCCGAACGAUUACAGGCAUUAAUGACGCACACAAAGCAAAAAAUAGUUGAACCUUUCAAUCUAGAUUACAUAAGUUGAAAAUCAGUUAAAAUGUGAAAGUAUAUGUGUGUGGCGCAGUCAUUGUAUGAUUGAGCUUCCCUGAGAAAUAACACACUGGCUAGUGAAACUUUUGAAAAGAAUAAGUCUAUGCAUGUUUUCAGUUGUUCAUGCAGUAAACGUUUUAAAAAUCAAGCCAAACGAAGCAUAACUCAAUACAAGACGCUGCACAUGUAUUCACGUUGCACCAAAGAGGUGCCAUCUUCGUUUUAUGGGAAACCGAUGACAGUGAAACGAACAUGGGACAAGUGUUUUGUAUUCAAUCAUCAACGUAAAAUUCAACUAUAUUCGUCAACUUUGCAAUUUUAACAUACUUUAUGACGUAUUGAAGGACGUAAUGGUUGCAUUAUAGUAUAACAUAUGUUUACAAUUACUUUUGUACAAAAUAUAGCAUAACAUUGAUACCAAUUUCAUAUAUAUCUGAAACAGCAUGUACAAAAAUAUAACAGCUUGUUCUCUUUCGAUUAUAAAUUUUUAACAUAUAUGUUUUAUUAUAUUGUUUUGAGUUAACGCAGCCAAUGUAGUAAAAAAACUUAUAAUUUUUUCUUAAAUACAAUUGUUUCUAUCUUCUGUUUGUUCUACAAUUUAAAAAAAUCUUCCUUAGAAACUA